AUGGCGGUGCCGGCGGAGGCGGCAGUGGCUGUGUGCCCCGCCGAGGCGGUCGAGGCGGCGGAACUGAGCCGCGCACUGGGCCGCCUGCUCCCGGGGCUGGAGACCGACAGCAAACUAGGGCGACGGCGCGCGCUGGAGGCUCUGGAGCGUGCGCUAGAAGAGGCGGAGCGGGCCGGCGCGGAACCCGCCACUUUCCAGGGUCCCUGGGCCCGUUUGCUGCUACCACGUCUACUGCGCCUCCUGGCCGACCCCGCCGAGGGCUGCCGCGCCCUGGCCGUGCACCUGCUGGGCCUGGGCCUGCGCCGCGCCGCGCGGCCCCACGACGCCCUGCCGCGCCUGCUGCCCGCGCUCGCCGCGCGCCUGGCCCGGCCCGAGCCCACGCGGCCGCCGCCCGAGCCCUGCGAGGAGCUGCGCCUGGCGCUCGUGCAGCUGCUCAGCCUGGCCGUGGGUCUGGGCGGCGCUGCGCUCGCUCCGCACCUGGACGACGCGGUGCGCGCGCUGCGGAGCGCCCUGCUAGACCCCUUCGCCGCUGUGCGCCGCGAGAGCUGCCAGUGCGCUGCCAAUCUGGCGCGCGCCACGCCGGACCACUUCCACAUGCAGUCCGAGUCCCUGAUUGGCCCUCUGAUGCAGACCAUUGCCCACCAGCACUGGAAGGUCCGGGUGGCUGUCAUUGAGGCCACUGGCACUGUGAUCCAGUUUGGCAGCGCGCAGUCUGUGGAUGACGUCCUUCCCCACUUUGCUCAGCGACUCUUUGAUGAUGUCACUCAGGUCCGGCAAGCAGUGACAUCUGUGGUGGGCAGUUGGCUACUGCAGCUGCGUGACCGCUACUCCUUCUUCCACAAGCUCAUCCCUCUGCUGCUGAGCAGCUUCCGUGAUGAGAUGUCGGAGGUCAGGCAGUCGGCCACCAGCCUCUGGGUGAAAGUCGGGCUGCAGUGGCAAGAGGAGAACGAGGCGGACCUGAAGGACAAGCUGGACUUCGCCUCACCACCCCCACCCCACUACCCAGCCCACGAGAGCCGGCCCGGGCUGGGCUGUCGGGAGCUGGUCUUCAGGAACCUAUCCAAGGUCCUCCCCGCCAUCUGUCACGACAUCACAGACUGGGUGGUAGGGACCAGGGUGAAGGCUGCGCAGCUUCUACCGGUGCUGCUGCUGCACGCGGAGGACCACAUCACACAGCAUCUGGAGAUCGUCCUCAGGACCCUGCAGCGGGCGUGCGCUGACGAGGAGCCAGCCGUGGUCAGCAGCUGCACGAGGUCUGCAGAGCUGGUUGGGACGUUCGUCAGCCCGGAAGUGUUUCUGAAGCUGGUCUUGGCCAUGCUGAAGAAGGCGCCCUCCCCCUCCGGCCUCCUGGUCCUUGCCUCGGUCAUCCGUGGCUGCCCACGGGAUGCCCUCCGCCCACACAUCAAGGUCAUCGCCGGGGAGCUGACCCAGGCACACAUCUGCCAGGGGUCUGAAAACGACCUGUACCUGGAGCAACUACUGCUGUGUGUGCAGGCCCUGGUAUCCGUGUGCCGGGAGGACUGCAGCGCGGCCGGCCUGCAGCUCAUGGAGGUGCUGGUGACCGUCAUGGCUGUCUCAGAGGCCUCGGGCCUCAGGGACAAGGCCCAGGAGACCAUGGACACUCUGGCUGAGGUGGAGAAUGUCCCCAGCAGUCAGGACCUCUACCGCAAGCACGUGGGCGCGCUUCUGGAGCGGAUGACCGUCUCGCCAGAUGAGUGGACAGUGCACUCAGUGGAGCUGCUGCUGUUCAUGGCCAUCCUCACCCGCUCAGGCCCUGCUGUGGGAGAGGCUCUACCACAUGUGGUCCCCACCCUCAGGGCCUGCCUGCAGCCCAGUGCAGACCCUCAUCUGCGUCUGAAGCUCCUCUCCGUCCUGUCCACUGUGCUGCUCAGGCCACAGGACACGGUGGACUCCCAGGGGCAGUUCCACAGCUACCUGGAGACAGUGGUGAAGGACAUCCUGGCCCCCAAUCUGCAGUGGCGAGCAGGGAGGACGGCUGCAGCCAUCCGCACGGCUACCGCAUCCUGCCUGUGGGCACUCACCAGCAGCAACAUCCUGUCAGCCAAGCAGGUGCAGGACGCACAGGAGACGUUGAUGCCGCUGGUGCUUGGCAUGCUGGACGAGGACUCCCAGAUGACCCGGCUCACAUCCUGUCACAUCAUCAGUGCAUUCCUGAGGAGUGGGCACACGAUGGACCCGGACAAGCUCCUCAAGAUCUACCCUGAGCUCUUGAAGCGCCUGGAUGACGUCUCCAAUGACGUGAGGAUGGCGGCCGCCUCUGCCCUGCUUGCCUGGCUGAGGUGCGUGCAGAGUGCCGAAGGAAAGGCGUAUUACCAGAGCAGCGUCCAGUACCUAUACCGGGAGCUCCUGGUUCACCUGGACGACCCUGAGCGCACCAUCCAGGACACGGUUUUGGAGGUCCUCAAGGAAGGCGGCAUCCUGUUCCCGGAGCUCCUGGUGCGGGAGACGGAGGCCGUUGUCCACCAGCACCGCUCCCCCGCCUACUGCGAGCGGCUGCUGAAGCACGUGCAGGCCUCGGCCACUGGGCAGUGACCCGUGCUAGCCAGAGCCGCCUGGGUGCUCCCUGACGGACGGAUGGACCGUGCUCCACUCAGCCAGUCCUGAGUGCAGUCACACGGUGUGUACAGAGGCCUCAAGCCCACAGCUAAGUGGACAUUCGAACUGAACGUCCGCCCCAAGCUCGAGGCCAUGCCAGCUGCCUCACAAGCGCCACGGGGCCCCAUCAUGCUGAAAUGCUACCAAGAAAGCGUUUAGCUACCUGACAAAAAGGCCAAAGUGAUCAUAAAAGUGAAACUUGCCUUUCUUUGGGUUUUGUGCCAGACUGAAAGGAAUUCAAACCCUGACCAGCCCCAGGAAACAUGCUGAUCUGGGGGCUCAGUCACCGUCAUGGCCACAGUCGUGGUCGCAAGCAGUGCCGACCCGUCGGGAAUGGAGCCUCAAGUCCAUCGCAGCCCGGGCUUCGGCCACAGAGAAGAAAGAUGGUUUCACUCCAGCAUCGUCCACACCCAAGUGCCUGAAAGACGUUGUUUCCGUA